AUGAGGAUGGGGAUGGGCAUGGGGAUGGGGAUGGGGAUGGGGAUGGGGAUGGGGAUGGGGAUGGGGAUGGGGAUGGGGAUGGGGAUGGGGAUGGGGAUGGGGAUGGGGAAGGGGAAGGGGAUGGGGAUGGGAAUGGAGAUGAGGAUGGGGAUGGGGAUGAGGAUGGGGAUGGGGAUGGGAAUGGAGAUGAGGAUGGGGAUGGGGAUGGGGAUGAGGAUGGGGAUGGGGAUGGAGGUGAGUCGACAGUGGGGCACGAUCGGAGCAAAGCACUACCAGAGGCAGCAGGACGAGUAGCAGCAGCAGCAGCAGCAGCAGCAGCAGCAGCAGCAGCAGCAGCAGCAGCAGCAGCAUCACCAGCAGCAGCAGCGCUACCAGCAGAUCCGGUGGUGCCACUGCUUCUACCAGUCUACAGCUCACCGCCCUCUAGACGCCCUGUGGUUGACACACUAGACACGUUUACCUCCCCUCCUGCCAUCCCUGGGUUCUUCCCCCCAGCCCAAGGAGCUCGGGAAGAGGAUGUGAGGGGAAGCGGGAGGGUAGAGAAGGCGGGAGGUUGA